AGUGUGUGGGAUAAAAGCCUUAGCUCUGUUUCGCUGGCGUGGGGCCUCAGUUUAUCUGCCUAUUAAAUGGGCAGUUUUUCAUUUCAUCAGUCCCUUACUAGUCUCCUGAGCCUUGCAUGGGUCCAGCUCCUUUUAACUGGAGGGUGAGGAAAGAAAGGGUAGGAGUCUAAGAACUUUAAGGGAGAUCGUAGAACUGUUUUGAAAACAAAUCCAGGUUCAAAUUGGCCAGCCUCUGGCACUUCAUAAAUGUUGGUUCAAAAAUCGUCUGCUUCUAGCUAACUGUUGAUUUCAAGACCAUCUCUGGACCUCACUAGUCUCUUGCUGACGACCAAAGGGCAAGUAAGCAUGUUGCAGGGUCUGCAAUAGAACAACUGGGCCCCUUUCUUCAGUCAGAGUGCUCAUCUCCAGUCCCCAGGUCCUCCGCCGCAGGCUCCUCCUCCAUUGACAUCAGAGCCGCAGGCGGGCCGAGGGAGCCGAGCCCCAGCCGAGCGCCAGCGACUGAACAGGCAAACUGACCAGGUACGGACGCGGCGGGAGCUCCGCACCAGCCACCUAGGCCCUCGCAGCCAGCCCCGAGGCGGGGCAGCCGCAGGAGCCCUGGCUGUGGCUGGGGAGCAGUGGGCCAUGCCAGGGGCAGUGGAAGGCCCCAGGUGGAAGCAGGCAGAAGACAUUAGGGAUAUUUAUGACUUCAGGGAUGUUCUGGGCACGGGUGCCUUCUCAGAAGUGAUCCUGGCAGAGGACAAGAGGACUCAGAAACUGGUGGCCAUCAAAUGCAUUGCCAAGAAGGCCCUGGAGGGCAAAGAAGGCAGCAUGGAGAAUGAGAUCGCCGUCUUACACAAGAUCAAGCACCCCAACAUUGUAGCCCUGGAUGACAUCUAUGAGAGUGGGGGCCACCUCUACCUCAUCAUGCAGCUGGUUUCAGGUGGAGAGCUGUUUGACCGAAUUGUGGAGAAAGGAUUCUACACAGAACGGGAUGCCAGCCGCCUCAUCUUCCAGGUGCUGGAUGCUGUCAAGUACCUGCACGACCUGGGCAUUGUGCACCGGGAUCUCAAGCCAGAGAACCUGCUAUACUACAGUCUGGAUGAAGACUCCAAAAUCAUGAUCUCUGACUUUGGCCUCUCCAAGAUGGAGGACCCAGGCAGUGUGCUCUCCACAGCCUGUGGGACUCCAGGAUAUGUGGCCCCUGAGGUCCUGGCCCAGAAGCCCUACAGCAAGGCCGUGGACUGCUGGUCCAUAGGAGUCAUUGCCUAUAUACUGCUCUGUGGCUACCCGCCGUUCUAUGAUGAAAAUGAUGCCAAACUUUUUGAACAGAUUUUGAAGGCUGAGUAUGAGUUUGACUCUCCUUAUUGGGACGACAUCUCUGACUCUGCCAAAGAUUUCAUACGUCAUUUGAUGGAGAAAGACCCAGAGAAGAGGUUCACCUGUGAGCAGGCCUUGCAGCACCCAUGGAUUGCAGGAGACACAGCUCUGGAUAAGAAUAUCCACCAGUCAGUGAGUGAGCAGAUCAAGAAGAACUUUGCCAAGAGCAAGUGGAAGCAAGCUUUCAAUGCUACCGCUGUGGUUCGGCACAUGAGGAAGCUGCAGCUGGGCACCAGCCAGGAGGGACAGGGACAGACAGCUAGCCAUGGAGAGCUGCUGACACCCACAGCUGGGGGGCCAGCAGCUGGCUGCUGCUGUCGAGACUGCUGUGUGGAGCCAGGCUCGGAACUGCCCCCUGCACCACCCCCAAGCUCUAGGGCCAUGGAUUGAACAUUAAGGAAGUCAGGGUUUCGUCCGUGAGGGGUUGGAGGCAGCCUGCUUCCUCCUCACCCCAGAACUGGGGAGUUUCUGACCCCAUACUUCUUCCCCCUCCCCUCUCACUCUUCACUGCAUUUUCCAUACAAAUGUUUCUAUUUUAUUGUUCCUUCUUGUAAUAAAGGGAAGAUAAAACAAAACAGU